UGAUUGUUGGUUAAAGCGGUAUCUACAUGGCUAUAUCGGUUUGAUGAGAUGUGUUAUCACCGUAUAGUAGGUCUCUUGUUUGUCGCGAGAGUCAUGAAAUACGUUGUUCAUAUGUAUCCACACAGCAUUAUCUACAUUAUGGUUGUAGCUAUAUAAAAACAACGUAUAGCUCCACGCUACAGACAAGUAAAAUGUUUAACUAUCCACUCGCUACCGUGCCAUACUGCGAACCAUGACCAGCAGUCAUCUCUGUAUAAUUUGUCCAAUGCUAAUUAACACUUUUUGGAUAAUGACUAAACCUCAAGUUCCAAGACACAAGUUGAAUGGGCAGUUACAUUACUUGUCAAAUCAGUUUAUGUUUGUUGGCGGCACGCUAAUAUGAGAAAUUGCAUUCUUUCCCAUGUCGGAAUGUUAUGCAAGUCUUCUUUGUUUUGUUUCCAACCUGGCUCAUUCUCCUAUAGCUUACACUUUGUAUUGCCCACUCAGCAUGUACACUUCGCUCCUUUGCAUUCAGAUGUAAGGGUGGUUGUUCCUGGAUAUGGUCACGUGACAGUAGACAUUGCAUACGGAGGAUCGUUCUUCGCCUUUGUACCGGACAGUCAGUACAACUUCCGGUUGGGAGAGGUUGCUCCAGACGUCAUCAGGUCUGCGGCAGCGGCCACAACAGACGCCCUGGAGAAACAGCUGACGCUAAGCCAUCCGGACAGUGACGACCUCGCCUUCCUCUUUGCUACAGUGAUAAAGGACGGACAGGACGAACGGACGGACAUCCCGUCUUCACACACCUGUGUGUUCGCAGAGAAACAGUUGGACAGGUCCCCGUGUGGAUCCGGUACUACUGCCAGGGUGGCGCUUCUGUACCACAAAGGACACGUCAAACUCAACCAGACUAGGACCUUCAGGAGCUAUGUCAAAUCCGAAUUCCAGGCCAAGGCUGUACAGGAAGUGACGUAUGGUGGAUGGUAGAAGUUUCUGGGAAGGGGUACUACUGCAGUGCUUCUGUGUUUUACAAGGAAGAUGAUGACGUCAUAGGAAGGGGGUUCUUAUUGCAAUAAUAUGAGAUGAAACAAUUCUCUCUUUUAUCCUAAUUGUUUAAAUCAUAAUCACGAGGAGGCUGCUGAUUUGAUAUAUUGACCAGGUGGUAAACAAUUUUUAGAUAUACCAGACUAGAGGGUCCAUAUUUCUUCAUAGUAUCGUCACUUCAAUUGUGACGUCGCAAUGCUUUUUCCGAGACAAAUGUUUGCAUUCCACCUGCAU